AAGCGAUGGACUGGAGAGAACACCUAAGACGCCUGUCGUAAUCAGUUAUUUUGCUCAUUCCUAUGGCGGACAAAUGCGGUGUAGAAGUCAUCAUAAAACUUGGAGGAUCUGCAGUUACGCAAAAAAAUGUUUUUGAAACAGUUAAACGCGAGGCAAUCUUAGCUGCAGCCGAGCUGGUGAAAAGAAUCCCCGCGGGAAAAUGCAUCGUCAUACAUGGCGCUGGAUCUUUUGGACACUUUCAAGCUCAUGAAUAUGGAACAGCACAUGGAUUCUCAAAUGACAUUUCAAAGGGCAAGAUUGGGUUUGCUAAAACCAGGCUCUCAGUGACCAAGCUGCAACAUAUUAUCACAGCAAUGUUAGUUGACAGUGGUAUUCCUGCUUUGGGAAUUUCACCGUGUGGAUCAUGGGUAACAAGAAAAGGCCAUGUCAACAGAGUAACGUUGAGUCCAAUCAUAGAACUUUUGCAAGCGGGUUUUGUACCAGUUCUCCAUGGUGACUGUGUAUUGGAUGAUGCACAAGGAUGUGCUAUUCUGAGUGGAGACAAAAUCAUUGAGAAACUGGUGCGAGAGCUUGGACCCAGACGGGUUGUGUUUUUGACAGAUGUCGAUGGGAUUUAUGAUAAACCUCCUGAAAAACCAGAUGCGUUGUUACUCAGAAACGUGUUUGUUAAAUCCAAUGGGGGAUUUUCCAAUGCCAUAACUACAUCAAGCCUUGAACAUGACGUCACAGGUGGUGUUCGCGGCAAGCUCCAGACAGCUUCAAAUAUCAUUCAUAUCUCUGGAGGAAAUACGCGAGUAUUUGUCUUGAAUAUAAUGUCGGGAUCUGAUGCAUAUUCUGUUUGUGCUUUGGGUGUUCUGGAAGGUAAAGAAGAUGGGGAAAAUUGGCCAAGUUCUUGGAAUGGAUUCAGUGUUGCUUUUGGAAUAGGAGGAAUUUUUUCAAGAGAGGAACGACGUCCCCAAAAGUAGCAGCAGUUUGAGGUGUAUUUGUGUGUAUGUGGCGAUGGAGGUGGGGUUUUGGGAGUGUGAGUGAGAAAGGGUAGUUGAAUGAAAUAUUAGCACAAUGAAACGAAACAUAUGCUAGUCAAAAGGGGCAGUAGCCAGGAAACCGAGGGGUGCAAAGUGGUGUAUGUAGUGAAUGUCCAAAAGGUUAUAAAAGCACCACUCGCACUAAGUCGGGAUUGAACUUUGGAAGAGUCAUAAUACCCAUGAAUACCCAUCUCAUGUCAAGACCUAGCAGUCAAAGAACAUAAGUGUAGGAUAUAUGUAGGUGGAUUAAAGGCUUUUCGAUUUUA